GCCUCCCAAGUGAUGGAAUUACAGGUGGUGUUUGGACACUAGACCAUGUGCCUAGGUAGUUUUUCCUUUCUCCACAGCUCAGCUCCCCCAGCAACGCUCACCACACCCUUGUUUUGAGAACCUCACUAAGCCCUUGGUGAGCCUCCAGCCAUGGGGGAUAUGAAAACCCCCGAUUUUGAUGAUCUUCUUGCUGCCUUCGACAUCCCAGACCCCACAAGCCUUGAUGCCAAGGAGGCCAUCCAGACUCCCAGCGAGGAGAGUGAGAGUCCCCUCAAGCCCUCAGGCAUGUGUCUGGAUGAAAACGUGUCCCUAUCUCACUCAGGAUCUGCCCCAGAUGUGCCGGCUGUGAGUGUCAUUGUCAAGAACACCAGCCGCCAGGAGUCCUUUGAGGCAGAGAAAGACCAUGUCACCCCUAGCCUCUUGCACAAUGGCUUCCGGGGCACAGAUCUUCCUCCAGAACCCCCCAACUGUGGGAAGUUUGACUCCACUUUCUUAAAUGGAGACAGUGCCAGGAGUUUCUCUGGCAAGCUGGAGCCUCCCAAGUCUGAGCCAUUAACCACCUUCAACCAGUUUAGCCCGAUCUCUAGCCCAGAGCCUGAGGAUUCCAUCAAAGAUAAUGGGUUUAGGAUAAAGCCCAAGCACUCGGACAGUUAUUUCCCGCCCCCUCCUGGGUGUGGGACUGUGGUGGGCCCAGUCCUGGAGGCACUGACCAAGUUUCCAGUCCCAGAACUGCACAUGUUUGAUCACUUUUGUAAGAAAGAACCCAAGCCUGAGCCCUUGCCCUUGGAGAGUCAGGAGGACUACUCUCGAGGUGGGCAGAAGGUGGUGGAGCCCCACAGAGAGCUGGAUUCCAGUCGAUUCUUUGGGGAAGCUUUGGAGUUCGACAGUCAGCCUGGCCACAGUGUCGGUGAGCCCAAGAAGCCCAUCCUGGAGCUGGGAACCUAUUCAUCCGUGCCCCCCAGGCAGCGCCUCAAGCCUGCUCAUUCCAGGCUGUCCUCGUGUGUUGCAGCCUUGGUAGCCUUGCAGGCCAAAAGGGUGGCCAGUGUCACCAAGGAGGAUCAGUCUGGCCACAUAAAGGAUCCCUCAGGGGCCACCAAAGAGGGUUCCAAAGGUAGCCCCAAAAUGCCCAAGUCACCAAAGAGUCCCCGGAGCCCUCUGGAGGCUACUCGGAAAAGCAUGAAGCCAUCAGACAGCCCACGGAGCAUCUGCAGUGAUGGCAGCAGCAGAGGCUCUCCAUCUGUGGCUGCCAGCUCCCCACCAGCCAUCCCCAAAGUUAGAAUCAAAACCAUCAAGACAUCGUCAGGGGAAAUCAAACGGACCAUUACCAGGAUCCUGCCAGACCCUGAUGAUCCAUGUAAGUCCCCUGUGGGGUCGCCUGUAGGGAGCACCACUGCUGAGGCCCCAGGUGAGGUGCCAGGGGAAGAGGGCACAGCCCUACCUGUGGAGGGGCACCUUCCUGAGGCAGGCACAAAUUUAGGAAGCCCCCAGGGUGACAGGAAAGGGGAAGAGAAUGUGACAAAGGCUGGUGACUCUUCGUCUCCCUGCGGCAGCUCUGCACCCCAGGUCCCCAAGGGGGUGGCCCAGGGCUUGAAGAUGAGCAAGAAGCAACAGAGCAUGGCCCCACAGGCCUCGACUCCCACCAGUCUCCUGCCCAAAGCUGUGCACCUGGCCAACCUCAACCUGGUCCCCCACAGCGUUGCUGCAUCUGUGACGGCCAAAUCCUCUGCACAGAGACAGAGCCAGCCCCAGCUCACACAGAUGUCGGUGCCCCUGGUGCACCAGGUGAAGAAGGCUGCCCCCCUGAUUGUGGAAGUCUUCAACAAGGUCCUGCACAGCUCCAACCCCGUGCCCCUGUAUGCACCGAAUCUCAGCCCUCCUGCGGACAGCAGGAUCCAUGUGCCUGCCAGCGGGUACUGCUGCUUGGAGUGUGGGGACGCAUUUGCCUUAGAGAAGAGUCUGAGCCAGCACUACAGCCGGCGCAGUGUCCACAUCGAGGCACUGUGCACUCUAUGCUCGCAGACACUGCUCUUCUUCAAUAAGUGCAGCCUGCUCCGGCAUGCCCGAGACCACAAGAGCAAGGGACUCGUCAUGCAGUGCUCUCAGCUGCUUGUAAAGCCCAUUGCCGCUGACCAGAUGUUUGUGUCAGCGCCGGCCAGUACCCCGGCACCAGCGGCCCUGGCCUCCUCCUCAUCUCCCAAACAUGGCACCUCCUCAGGCAACAGUAACCCCCAACCCCCAGCUUUUCCGCUCUACCCAGACCCUGUGAGGCUCAUCCGGUACGGAACCAAAUGUCCUGAAUGUCACAAGCAGAUGCAGGACUACAUAGUCCUGGCUGCACAUUUCCAGAGGACGUCGGAGGAAACCGAGGGGCUGACAUGCCAGGUGUGUCAGAUGCUGCUGCCCAACCAGUGCAGCUUCUGUGCACACCAGCGGAUUCAUGCUCACAAGUCCCCCUACUGCUGCCCGGAGUGUGGAGUCCUCUGUCGCUCCGCCUACUUCCAGACCCAUGUCAAGGAGAAUUGCCUGCACUAUGCCCGCAAGGUGGGCUACAGGUGCAUCCACUGUGGUGUCGUCCACCUGACCUUGGCCUUGCUGAAAAGCCACAUCCAGGAGCGACACUGCCAAGUUUUCCACAAAUGUGCAUUCUGCCCCAUGGCCUUCAAGACUGCCAGCAGUACUGAGGACCACAGCACCACCCAGCACCCCACCCAGCCCCACAGACCCUCCCAGCUCAUUUAUAAGUGCUCCUGUGAGAUGGUCUUCAACAAGAAGAGGCAUAUUCAGCAGCAUUUUUACCAGAAUGUCAGCAAGACACAGGCGGGCGUCUUCAAGUGCCCUGAGUGCCCGCUCUUGUUCCUGCAGAAGCCAGAGCUGAUGCAGCAUGUCAAGAGCACCCACGGCGUUCCCCGGAAUGUGGAUGAGCUGUCUAGCCUGCAGUCUGCAGCGGACACGUCCUCAGGCCGCCCUGGCUCUCGAGUGCCCAUGGAGCCCCAGGCCACUAGUGUGGCCGCCCGAGGUAGCUCCCUAUCCUCAGGUCGCUGGGGCAGGCCUGAAGCCCAUCGGAGGGCUGAAACCAGGCCCCGGCUGAGGAGCACGGGCUGGACCUGCCAGGAGUGCCAGGAGUGGGUUCCGGACCGAGAGAGCUACGUGUCCCACAUGAAAAAGAGCCAUGGGCGGAUGCUGAAGCGGUACCCAUGUCGGCAGUGUGAACAGUCCUUCCACACUCCGAACAGCCUGCGAAAACACAUCCGAAACAACCACGACACCGUGAAGAAGGUCUACUCGUGUGGGUACUGCACUGAGGACCCUCCCAGCUUCCCUCGGCCUUCCCUUUUGGAGAGCCACAUCAGCCUUAUGCAUGGGAUCAGGAGCCCUGAUCUGAGCCAGACGACAUCCAAAGUCAGAACUCCGGACAGACAUUCCCCUCAGGUGAAUCAUCUGAAAAGACCCCUCAGUGGAGCAGGGGAUUCUCAAGGCACCAGCAACGGCGCUACUGUCCCUCCCCCAAAAAGGCACAAAUCCCUCUUUCAGUGUGCAAAAUGUAGCUUUGCCACGGACUCGGGGCUGGAGUUCCAGAGCCACAUACCUCAGCACCAGGCGGACAGCUCCACAGCUCAGUGUCUCCUCUGUGGCUUGUGCUACACCUCUGCCAGCUCCCUCAGCCGCCACCUCUUCAUCGUCCACAAAGUGCGAGACCAGGAGGAAGAGGAGGAAGAGGAGGAGGAGAUAGUGGAGGCCCUUCCUGAGGAGAAGACCAGCAGCCGGUGCUUCUCCACUCUCCAGAGACCUUCUAUAGGAGCAGUGUCUCCGUACCAGUCCAGAGUCACCUUGCAGGUCUUCCCAGGGCUGGUUGCACUGACUGUAAGGCCUGUUGAAGUCUUCUUGGGUGUCUCCCACUUUCCUAAAGAGGAGCUUUACACUGAAGGGGUACCCUUUAUGGUUGAGGGGGUGGAGAGCAGGAAUUCUGUCCUUUUCCUGCAGCAUUAGAGACCUUGCUGUUGCUUCUGCCACGUGGAACUCAGUGUGGCAGAGCUGGAAGUAGACCAGGGGGAUGGUGGGGCUGCCUUCACUGGUGGUGGAGUUGGGGCUACCCUGGGCCUGGGGUUGUCCCUGCAAAUCUAGUACAACCCUCGUGCAUGGUGCCUACUGGGUUCUUAGGGGUGAUCAUUCAUGGGAGGUGUGAGUUGCAGUUAUAAAUUAAGUCAGAUAAAUAUGCUCAACCUUUCCACAGUUGAAAGAAAAACCAGUUUUUUUCUCCCUGUAUCAAAUGCCAGAUUGUUAUUGAAAUGCUAAUGGCAGUAGGAAAGGUUGGUGCUGCCUUAGUUCCAGAGACUCUGACACCCAUAGCAUUUUUAAUUGCUCUUCCUGGCAAGGCUGCCCCUCCUUGCUCCCCCAGCUGCCUGCAGAGCCAGAGCCAGCUCCAGACCCUGGGUCCAUUCAUAAGAUCAGGUCCUGGAGGAGGCACAAGAGGGGUGUGGGGUGGAUGCCUGAAGUCUGUCCCACUCAGAAGCAGUGGUAGCUGAGCGCAGGCAGAGGAGGUGCAGAAGUCACAGGCUCAGCCACCUGUCUUGAGUCCAGACACAUGUCCCCUUCCUGGGUGGAGGAAUGCCAAGCUGCUCACUAAGCACCCGGGGGCAGGGCCUGGUGCCUGCUCACAGCCAGCUCUUAGCAAAACCCCAGCCUCACAGACUCUCUUUCCAAGUGGAACUGGUAUUUCCAUCCAGCUCCCUUACAGGCUCUUAUGAGGUCAUGCACAGGCCAGCUCUUUCUGAUUUAUAAAGCAAACAAAGGUGGAGAGGCUGUAUUUGACGUUUGGGUUUGGAGGUAGCAUCCACCUCUGGCUCUUCAUCCCAGGAUGCUGCUUAUCAGCUAAGCGUUGGUGGAGAGCAUUACUUCUCUGUGAUUUAGUAAUUGUGAUGUUGUAUUUUAAGCUCUGCUCACAUGCCCAGCAUUAGCUAGAUGUUUUCUAGUGACACUAAUCCUCACAGACAUCGCAGUUAUCCCCCAUUUUACCAAGAAGAACACAGGCUGAGAUGUGAAAGGACAGAUGUGUCCGGCCAUCUGUGACGGCAGUGUUGUGUUGAGCCCAUCAAGCCCUCUGGUGUCUUAGUGACCAUGGCUGCUUUUCUACCUCCCUAAAAUUUGGGGUGUCCCCAAGUGAAGACCAUUCAUGCCCCCUGACCCCUAGAGGGCCCUGCACAUCACAUCUGCUGAAGCAGCAGCAUCCUUGGACCGGUCAUUCCCAUUGGGGUUUCCUCUGCCAUUUGAAGACCAUUGUUUUUUGAGGACUGGCGGGAAAAGGUUGCCCCGUCCAGCAUCUUCUGAUCUCUUCUCUUUCACAGUGUUUUGGACGAUGGUGCUGUCAUUUGUCAUCAGCAGAGAAUGCUGGCUGUAAUGGGCGCUUAACUGCCUCAAGGAGAGGU